UGACAAUGGCACGAAUUUCGUAGGAGCGAAUAACGAGCUAGGUCGAAUGCUUAAAGCUGCGAACGGUUCUGUCACUGAUUUUGGUGUCAGUGAGGGCAUAGAUUUCAAAUUCAGUCCUGCGUAUGCACCACAUUUCGGCGGUAUCUGGGAGGCUGGCGUAAAAUCGGCAAAAUUCCAUUUAAGGCGUAUUUUAGGAGUAGGAAGUAGCCUAACUUUUGAAGAACUAUGUACUCUUUUCUCCCAAAUUGAGGCAAUUUUAAAUUCGCGGCCGCUAACACCUAUGUCAGCGGAUCCUAGUGAUUUUACUCCUCUGACACCCGGUCACUUCCUUAUCGGGCGUCCUUUGUCGUCAUUACCAUCCCCAACAACGAGCAAGAUCUCCAUUAAUCGAUACCAACAGCUGGAGCGCUUAAGACAACAUUUCUGGUCACGGUGGUCAAGAGAAUUUUUAUCCGAGCUUCAACAGAGAGUUAAAUGGAACCAAUCCAAUGGAACAGAGAUAAUGAUUGGCGAUAUGGUCGUGGUGAAGGACGAGCAACCUCCUAUGAAGUGGGUAUUGGGUCGAAUCAAAGCACUGCACACAGGUCCCGAUGGCAAAUGCCGUGUUGUUGACGUAGCUACGUCUAAAGGUGUCAUCACUAGAGCUCUC